AUGCGCCUUUCAAAUCCAUGUCAAUCACUCUGGGACUAGGCUUCAUCUUAUCACCAUCAUGAAAGCCAUCCAAAUAACAGAGUUCGUAACUGAUUUAACAACUUUGUCUCCAAAAGUGAUCACCACGCCGAAACCAACUUCUCCUAAAGAUCUCACCAUAAGAAUCACACACGCGGCGAUAACCCACGUCGAUCUUCUCUACGCACAAGGUCUGCACCAAAAUAAUCGGCGUCACGUCAAGCCUCCGUUCAUACUCGGCACAGAAUUCUCCGGCAUUGUGCUGGCCAGUCCGGUAGAUUCUUCUUUACGGCCCGGCGCCAGGGUCUUCGGGGGCGGAUUAGGUGCAUAUGCAGAAUCCAUCUGCGUGCCAGAGUUGAGUGUGCGGCGUAUUCCUGAACCAUGGAGUAAUGCCGAGGCGUGUGCAGUGGGCGCAAGUGGCGCUGUGAGCUAUGGCGCGUUGAUCGAUGUCGCGAAGCUGAAGAGCGGAGAAUGGGUCUGUGUUUUUGGGGCGAGUGGUGGGUUGGGCGUGAUGGUGGUGCAGAUUGCUAAAGCCGUAGGUGCUAGGGUUAUCGCUGUCGUUGGUAGUGAGGAGAAGGCAGAGGUUGUGACGAAGAUUGGGGCGGAUGCAGCUGUUGAUUAUAGGGAGAAAGGGUGGGACGAGAGGGUCAAGGAGCUGGCGGGGGGAGAAGGUGUGCAUGUUGUGUUUGAUGGGAUUGGGGCUGUGGAGAUGGGGGUCAGAUGCUUGAGGUAUAGAGGUAGACUGGUUGUUGUGGGGUUUGCGGCUAGAGAAGGGAAUGUGGAGAAGGUGAGGGUCAAUAGGCUGUUGCUAAAGGGUGUCAAGGUCAUUGGUUAUAGGUUUGGCGAAGAUGGACGAAGAGAUCCGCAGAUGACGAAGAAGGUCUGGGAUGGAUUUAUGAAGCUAGUGGAGAGUGGGAGGAUACAACCUGUUAUCUACAAGCAGGAAUAUCGUGGUCUCGAGGCGAUUUCCAGGGCUCUAGAGGAUACAAAGACACACAAGGCGUGGGGGAGGGCUGUACUCGAGAUCAACGAGGAUGCAGACGCGGGGGACGCCAGGCAGAAGGCGAGAUUGAACACACGUCGCAACCUCAGGCCUGUCGCGCGGUCGCAACACGUCGAAGAGCUUCCGCGAAUCCUCCCCAGUGCUCAGCGCAUUUCGCAUUCUCAGUUCCCGGCCAUGGCUAGCUACGGGAACGGUUCGGACUCGGAGGAAGAAGACGACUUCAACCCCCAACCCGAAGUCGACGAGGAUGAUAUCGCACCCCCGAGCAACAACGUCUCGAGGCCAGCGGCAUACGACGACCAGGACGAAGGAGACGCGCCCCAAGCAGAUGAUGACGAGGAUGACGAGGAUGAUGAUGACGACGACGAUGACGAUGAAGACGUGGUCGCCCGGCCAUCCAAGCGGCGCAAGAAGACCGUGAAGCGCAACCAGUUCAUCGACCUCGAAGCCGAAGUCGACGAAGACGAAGAGGAAGAAGACGAGGGCGACGAUGAGAUUGCCGACGAAGUGCACCCCGACGACCUGCUCGAGCCCACUGGCGCCGAUCUCGACGACCGCCACCACCGUGAGCUCGACAUGCGUCGUGAAGUCAACGCCCAGCGUGACGUCGAGGAGAUUGCCAAGGAGUUUGACGAGAAGUACAGGCGCAGGGAGAUGCAGAGCGCCCGUCGAGGCGGAGCGGGCGCCGUUCCACUGGCACUCCCCACCGUCAACGACCCGACCAUCUGGAUGACAAAGUGCCGAGAAGGCAAGGAGCGCGAGGUCGUCAUGGCCGUGCAAAAACGCAUAGACGAGAAGAUGCGCGCCAAGCAGCACCUCAACGUCUACUCUGUCUUCGAGCGUGGUCCGUCAGGACCCCAAAGAGGCUAUCUCUACGUCGAAGCCGACUCGCAGCAGGCGUGUCUCGAACUGCUCGAGGGAAUCUCCAACGUGUACCUAGGCUCUGGCUUCUCCGCCAUCGACGUCAAAGAGCGUCCAGAUCUCCUCCGCAAGAAGAAGAAGGAGCCGCUUGAAGUGGGCAAAUUUGUGCGCAUGAUGCGCCCGACUACAUACAGAGGAGAUCUUGCAAAGGUUGUCGAGGUCUCUGCCAACGGUUUGGACUGUGUUGUGCAACUCGUUCCCCGCUUGGACUACGGCCUGAAUGAGGACACCAACGCCGCCGCCGACAACAAGCGCAAGCGACCAUCCGGCUGGAACAAGAACAAGGAGCGCCCCCCUGCGCGACUGUUCAACGAGGCCGAAGCCAAGAAGCGACACAUGAAGUACCUAAGCAUGGCUGGCUCCGGUGGCCAAAAGGCUUACACCUACAAGAACGAGGAAUACCAAUACGGCUUCCUCAUCAAAGAAGUCAAGGUCAACUGGCUUGUCGCCAAGGAUGUCGCACCUAAGAUGGAGGAACUGCAAUUCUUCUCCAUCCAAAACGCCGACGGCACGGAGACCAUGGAUUUGCUCGCAGUCCAGGCUGCUCAAAAGGCUGCCAACAAUGGCUCAGCUUUUGCCGCCGGAGACAAUGUCGAAAUAUACACUGGCGAGCAGAAGGGCAUUCGCGGUACCACAGUCACAGUCACGGGUGACAUCGUCACGCUAAAAGUCACCGAGGGCGAGCUCAAGGGCCGGAGAAUCGAUGCUCCUGUCAAGACGCUGCGAAAGCUGUUCCGUGAGGGUGACCACGUAAAGGUCAUCGGUGGUAGCAAGUACGUCGACGAAGUUGGUCUGAUCACCAAGAUCAAGAACGACUCCAUCACACUUCUAUGCGAUUCGACUCAGCAGGAAAUCACUGUCUUUAGUAAAGACUUGAAGCGUGCCGCCGACUCUGCGACUGUUGGUGCUGAUUCCAAAUUUGAUCUCUAUGAUCUUGUUCAGAUUGAUGCCUCAACAAUCGGCUGUGUAGUCCGUGUCGAUCGUGAAGUCCUGAACGUGGUUGAUCAGCACGGUGACGUUCGCCAACUCCUUCAUACCCGAGUUACACAAGCUGUGGGCCAGAACCGCUUCGCGGUAGCCACGGAUCGUGACGGCAACGAAAUCAGGCACGAAGACAACGUCAAGGAGCAUGGCGGCGAAGGUCGACAAGGCAAGGUCCUCUACAUCUACCGUGGAAUCCUAUUCGUCCAGAACCGCGAGUUAGUCGAGAACCAGGGUAUCUUCGUCGUCCGCAGCAACAACGUCGUGACUAUGGCCGCGAAGAGUGGUCGUGCUCAAGCACAAGGCCCAGAUCUCAGUGGCAUCAACCCUGCCCUGAACGCAAGCGCAAACGGCACGACCAACGCAAUGCCCCCGCCCCGAGCGAUGGGUCGCGACAAACUGAUUGGAAAAACUGUCACCAUUCGCAAGGGUCCUUACAAGGGUCUUUUGGGUAUUGUGAAAGACACCAUGAACGACGAGGCUCGCAUUGAACUCCACACUAAGAACAAGCAAGUCUCUGUCAAGAAAGAGCUUCUGACAGUCAAAGACCCAAUCACUGGCAACAAUAUGGAGUUCAACACUGGCAGGUUUCCCAACCGCUCGCGUGGAGGAGGCUUUGCUGGUGCUACACCAAGCCAUAACAGCGGGCGCACACCUGCCUGGGGCAACUCGAGCUCAUCACGUGGCCCAUCGUGGGGUAGCACACCUUCUGGCGGCCGCACACCGGGAUGGGGAGGUGGCGGUGGUGGCCGAACGCCAGGUUGGGGCGGCGGUGGCGGACAGACAGCUUAUGGCGGUGGCGAUGGUGGUAGAACAGCUUAUGGAGGGAGUGGUGGCGGCGACGGCUCACGCACUGCCUACGGAGGAGCAACCUCAUACGGUGGAGCCACUUCGUACGGCGGCGCGACAUCAUAUUGCGGAAACGACGGCUCGCGCACUGCAUACGGAGGCUUCAAUGGUGGCGGCGGCGGUGGAGGUCGGACACCUGGCUGGGGUGGUGGAUCGUCUGGUGCGUCAAAGUCGAAUGUCGGUCCCACGCCUGGACCUUACAAUGCACCUACGCCCGGUGCAUAUGCGGCGCCAACCCCUGGUGGCUACGGAGCGUAUUCUGCGCCUACGCCGGGCGGUCCCCCCAUGGAUGCACCGACGCCUGGAAAUUUCGGUGCGCCUACGCCCGGUGACAGAUAUGGGGCUGCGGCUGCCCCGACACCGGGUGCGUAUGCCGCGCCAACGCCUGGCGCAUAUGGAGACGAUCCAGGCUAUGAUUAGAGGAGCAUGUGUGUAUGAUCGGACUGGUAUGGCAGAGAACGGGUUAGUAUCAUUUCUCUUCAGAGUGACCUCUUGAGUAUCUAUUGUGCAUUGCUGGAGUUAUCUUGCGAAAUAGGAUAGCAUAUGGGUUUCCAGAAUGAAUAGAUAUCAUUCGCGAUUCUAGUUUGCUUUUUUGUAGUACCCAUCGAGCUUCUGCGUUAAAUAUCCAUGUAUUAGUUUACACGUUCUGCGUUACACACCAUGUAGGCUCGUAACUUCCCAUCUCAAUUUCACAACUUUAGCUUACGUCACACCAUGCGUUUAUCAUUUUGACAUUUUCCU